AUGCCCUCAGAAGACAAUAUCACACUGGCAUCGAACGUCCUCGGCACCAUCGGGACAGUUCUCUGGUGCAUCCAACUCAUACCACAGAUCUGGUAUAACUGGCGCCGCAAAAACACAGAUGGAUUGCCCGCGAUGAUGAUGUUUCUCUGGGCAAGCUGCUCCGUUCCAAUGGGCGCAUAUCUGAUUCUGCAGCAAGUCAAUAUCCCGUUGCAGAUUCAGCCUCAGAUGUUCGGGUUCUUUUCUCUUGUUGGUUGGAGUCAGGUUCUUUAUUAUAACCAUAACUAUAGCAAAACCAAGGCUGUCCUGGUAUGCUUGGGCACGGUUGUUUUAUUUGGGGGAUUGGAGGCUCUUCUCAUCCUGACAUUGAGGAUUCCAUAUAAUAACGGUGUGACAUGGCCCGACAUCGUUGUUGGGGUUAUAGCCGCCAUUCUCCUUACUGCAGGACUGCUGCCGCCGUAUUUUGAAUUAUGGAAGAGAGAUGGGCGUGUAAUUGGCUUCAAUUGGGUCUUCCUCUCCAUCGACACGUUUGGCGGACUAUUUUCUCUCUUUGCAUUAGCGGCUCAAGGCUCAUUUGACAUCCUUGGAGGCGUUAUGUAUGUUUUGGUGGUAGUUCUCGAGGCGGGGAUAUAUAUUAGCCAUAUUUCCUGGCGAAUCCGCUAUCGCAAGUUGCGCAAGGAAGCAAAAGAUUCAGGGAAAACCAUUGAUGAUUUGCUUUUACUGAGGAGGAAUGAUACGCAAGAAACAGUGGAUGUUGAAAAGGGCAUUCUUCCUGCUGCUCCUGCAGCCAGUCCCUCUGCAUAG